GGGUGGUGGGCUUCUGGUGGGGGACUAAAGGGAGGCUAUAUUUAAACUCCUGGAGCCGUUAAGUUGGUUCGCAUUCGGAUGCGCGCGCAGCCAGGGUGGUGGCGGAGUGCGCAUGCGUGGUCCGGGGGCGAGAAGAACGCGCGCUAGCCGUGCGCGCUCGCGGCGGAGUGGUAGUGGUGGCGGAGAAAGGGGUCGGCGCACGCGCGGUUGAUUCUUCGGGUUGUUCGGGUCUCGCGGGCAUCUUGUUUUGGGCUCGCGGGCGAGUAGGGCGCGCUUCGGGGAGGGGGAAAGCGCUUGGGCUCGAGGCGAUCGGAACAGAGCUGCGCGCGCACUCGGGAAAGGGGGGAAGGGAACGCGGUCCAGGAAAGGGGGCUUAAGCCCCCGAUCUCCCCACCCCCGUACUCCGACUGGGACGGAAUAAGGGGAGGAAAUGAUCGAGAUGGCGGCGGAGAAGGAGCCGUUUCUGGUGCCGGCCCCGCCGCCUCCACUCAAAGAUGAGUCGGGCGGAGGGGGCGGCCCCGGGGUGCAGCCGCACCGGGAGGCCGCCUCCGGAGAGCCCUGCGGCGGGACAGAGCGCAGCCCGGGCCCCUGCACACUCUCGGUGGGGCCUCCGGGUUCUGGGACCCCUGCCAGUCCCCGGGGCGGUCCGGCCCAGCCGCAGCGAGGGGGCGGCCCCCAGGCGCAGCCGCACGGGGAGGCCCGCCUGGCGGAGCCCCACGGGCGAGCCGCUCCCCAGGACGUGGGGGAGGAGCGCCGGGGAGGGGCGGGGACUGAACUGGGGCCCCCUGCCCCUCCCCGGCCCCGAAAUGGCUACCAACCUCACCGGCCCCCCGGGGGAGGUGGGGGCAAGAGAAGAAAUAGCUGUAAUGUGGGAGGAGGUGGUGGCGGCUUCAAACAUCCGGCCUUUAAGAGACGCCGGCGGGUGAAUUCGGACUGUGAUCCCGUGUUGCCUUCCAACUUCCUCCUGGGGGGCAAUAUCUUUGAUCCCCUGAACCUGAAUAGCCUCCUGGAUGAGGAAGUGAGUCGUGCACUUAAUGCGGAGACCCCUAAGUCAUCCCCACUUCCGGCCAAGGGACGAGAUCCAGUGGAGAUCCUCAUCCCCAAAGAUAUCACAGACCCGCUCAGUCUCAAUACUUGCACUGAUGAGGCCCACGUAGUUCUUGCUUCGCCACUCAAGACUGGUCGCAAGCGGCAUAGACACCGGGGACAGCACCACCAACAGCAGCAGGCAUCUGGAGGGACCGAUAGCCACGCGGUGCUACCCACAGCCCCCUUGACUCCCUCACUUCAAGGGGAGGGUGCCACGCAGCAACAACGGCACCGGGGCCAGAACCGGGAUGCCCCCCAACCCUAUGAACUCAACACAGCCAUCAACUGCAGGGAUGAGGUCGUGUCUCCCCUUCCAUCUGCCCUGCAGGGUCCCUCAGGCUCCCUUUCAGCCCCUCCAGCUGCCUCAGUUACCUCUGCACCCUCGUCUUCCUCCUCCCGACAUCGCAAACGACGCAGGACUUCCAGCAAGUCGGAGGCAGGGGCUAGGGGUGGAGGCCAGGGUCCCAAGGAAAAGGGCCGAGGGAGUGGGGGAGGCCGCCACCACCCGCUACCUACAGCAGGCUUCAAAAAGCAACAGCGCAAGUUCCAGUAUGGGAAUUAUUGCAAGUACUAUGGGUAUCGCAAUCCUUCCUGUGAGGAUGGGCGCCUUCGGGUGUUGAAGCCUGAGUGGUUUCGGGGCCGGGACGUCCUUGAUCUUGGCUGCAAUGUGGGUCAUCUCACCCUGAGCAUUGCCUGCAAGUGGGGCCCAUCCCGCAUGGUAGGGCUGGAUAUCGAUGCCCGGCUCAUCCACUCAGCCCGCCAAAAUAUCCGACACUACCUGUCUGAGGAGCUGCGUCUCCCACCACAGACUUCUGAGCAGGAGCCAGGGGGAGAAAGUGAGGAAGGGACUGCCACCGUCAAAAAAAGAAGCUGCUUCCCAGCCUCACUGACAGCCAGCCGGGGUCCUAUUGCAGCACCCCAAGUCCCCUUGGAUGGAGCAGACACAUCUGUCUUCCCCAACAAUGUGGUCUUCGUCACGGGCAACUAUGUGCUGGAUCGAGAGGAGUUGGUGGAGGCCCAGACAGCUGAGUAUGAUGUGGUGCUCUGCCUCAGCCUCACCAAGUGGGUGCAUCUGAACUGGGGAGACGAGGGAUUGAAGCGCAUGUUCCGAAGGAUCUACAGGCACCUGCGCCCUGGAGGCAUUCUGGUCCUAGAGCCCCAGCCAUGGUCAUCCUAUGGCAAGAGAAAGACUCUCACAGAAACAAUCUACAAGAACUACUACCGAAUCCAGCUAAAGCCGGAACAGUUCAGUUCUUACCUGACAUCCCCAGAGGUGGGCUUCUCCAGCUAUGAGCUCGUGGCCACACCCCACAACACCUCCAAAGGCUUCCAGCGUCCUGUGUACCUGUUCCACAAGGCCCAUUCCCUGGACCACUAAGUGGCCCCCUGAAGAGAUGGUGUGAAGAGGCUGCCCUUGCUGCUUCUAAGGACCUGGGAGAAAACUAUCCCAGGUCUUUCUGACUCUAAAGUUCCUGUCUUGGAUCUGCAAAGAAAGCUUUUUAAAAAGUUGCUGCUCCAGCCACCUCCCUACAUCCUCUGGCAUUUGAGCAGCAAGUCCAGCUGUGCUGGAGUUACUGUCAUCUUCUGCUCCCCCUGCCCAUUGGGCUGGAUGGCAUGGAUGGAUUGCUGAUCUGUUCUCCUAGGAUAUGGGAAGUGGCAAGCAUCAAAUUCUCCAAUCCUUUCCUUCCACUCUCCCAGGGAGAUUCUCUGUUCUCCUCAGCCCUUUUCUCUAGCUGCAGUUCAGUGGACCACAGAAUAGACUGAGGGUUAGAGGGGGAAGCUUGGCAGGGAGGCACACUGUACUGUGAAAAUCCUUCCUUCUGCUGUCCCCCAGUGGGGAAGAGGGCUGGGUUUGGAAUGCGAGAGCACAAUAAACUUGAUGUCUUGGGCAAUGGCCCCCACA